CAUUUUAGUCAGAUGGACCAACCGGAAGUGUUUUUCUCAGAACCUCUGGUGUACAUGUGCAACAACUGGCUGCUGCAAAAUUGUGAAUCUAACAUAAUUUCGAGAGUUGUGACGUGAUUACAUAAUCUUAAAAUUGAAGCAAUGAAUCCUGUCAUUCGCAAGGUAGUGUGUCUUCUACUCAGAAAUUGUGUUUGACACGUUUAUUGUUGAUGUAGCUAGCUGGCUAGUAAGACGGAAGGUCAAACAUGUCAGUAUAUCAAAACACUUGUAUAUGAUAGAUUGUUUGUUUGUCUUCUAUCCAGUUACAGGCUUCCUUCGCACUUCAUUCACGUGCGUUGGACCACGCAGGAUUGUUAUUCGGGUAAGCUAGUUAAAAGCAUAUAGGCAGCCAAUUGCUGGUUGUUACAGGACACAAUAAUUACCACAUCAGGUUUCAUUUGAUGGGGUGGUAACUAGCGACAUUUCAAUGUGUCUAUAAUGUUUCUGAUGUUUAUUUUAAGGGCAUCACUAUCAGUGCAACAUCCGAUUCAGGGUAAGUCCUCCCACCAAUAACAAUAGUUAGUUACUGUUGUGUAUCAAUUUACUUUCUAGGAAAGCCUUAGGAAGUGAUUAUAUCCUGAAAGUUAUAUUGCCACUUAUAUAAUUACCUAAGUGUAUGUAAGCCAUCUGUUUGGCUGGAUAACUGUUUUCUACAGGGUGUCUGUCUUUUUCCAAUGAGAGACAAUACAGGACCAUGCCUACUCAUGGGAUUGGCAAAUAUAAGCACCUGUUACCCAAAGAAGCGGUAAGUCCUUAGUACAUCACUUAUUUAUACUUUCUAAUACUGAAGCCACCAGCUUACACUGUUACCAUGUCUACUUUCUAAUAAAACAUGUAUUGUGCCUUCAGCCAAAGAAAAAGAAAGAGAGACAGCAGAUGAAGCAGAUCAAAAUGGCUACAUAUACAGAGUACGGGACUCUGAACGUGAACGUGUCUGGGUAUGACAUGAUCCUAGUAGAGCACUACUCCCAGUACGUCCAUAAUCUCUGCAACCGGCUAGGCGUCAAAGUGGCUGAGAGGUGAGAGGUAGACUUUAAGACACUGUGUUACUGGCCUCACUCAGAGAUUUGAUGGGCCAAAUAUCCAUGUCUCUGUCGCAAAGUUCAUAAUGCUUCAAUAGGAGGCACACAUUUGGCCCUCUUGCAUAGCAUGGGAUUACGUCAUCCAAUAUCUUUGAAUUAUUGGUUAAUUAACUAACCUUAAAGGGAUGAACUAACACUAUUCUCCUCUCAGCUAUGCAUUGCCCACUAAGAGCACGGAAGUCAUGGUCAUGCCAGAGCAAGGGACCAAGAUGUAUGUAGAUGCCAUCCUCAAGACCCAUGAGCGAAUUGUUCAGGUAAUGGAGCGUUUUGAGUGAUAAUGUGUUCUCUGAACUUUUGGCAGUUGCACUGACAAACAACGUUUCACUCUAGAGAGAGCAUUGAUAAGUGUUUUGUUUACAGCUCAGCCAACUAAACGCCACAUUAUGCCCCACCUUUAUGGAGGUCCUGUUAAAGAAUCAGCCAGAGGGGAUUCAACUCUCUGUAAAGCCGGUGAGCAUAUGACAUCUGUGUUGUUGACCUCUGCAUUACUUUUCUUUUGCCCAUGGAUCAUAUCCUAUAUCUACAGUAUGUACACUUCUUUUGUCAUUUGUUAGUAAUUGUUCAGUGUCAUAACACUUGCUUUUCUGUUUCCCCAGCACACAGAGGCAGAUUACCAAACCCGUUUCAAGGCGCGUCCAGAGCUAGAGGGACUGAUGGCACAGAUUACCUAGUGAGAGGAAAAACACUGUCCACCCCACUCUUUUACCUCAACUGUCAUCUACUUUGUCACAUUUGAAUCUGUGGAUGCCUAUGCGUCUUUUUUUCCUCACAAUAGUGUUGUUGUUUCUUGCAAUCAUGACGUGUACACAUUGUAAAUUAAUUGUGGGUGAAUGUAGGACAUUAUACAAAAGCAGAAGAGCAUACGUACAUCCAGGUAGUUUUUGCAGGUGCUAGAGUUGUAGGUUAAUUCAUUAAAAAUAAAAAUGCCGCACAC